AUGGAGGCAAUUUUUGCAGAUCAGCAUCAAUCAAUCUCUCCAUACAAGCAAAUGAAAAACCCAGCAACGAAGAUCAACAGGACAACUACUCGCAGUUUCGUUUCAAGAUCCAUAGAAAACAUGCCUCCUAUAAACUACAACAACAAUAUCCAUGGAGGCCUCUUCUUUGCUACUCCACAUAAUUCCCUCUCCUUCUCCUACCCUCCUCCAUCUUCUCUUUCAGUUUUAAAUCCACACCAACAGAAUUAUCAUCAAAAGCAUGCCCAGCCACCUCUCCUUCCUCUUCCAAUCUCUAAACCUCACCACAAGUCUCUUCCUUCUCGAAGCCAGAGCCUUUCUUGCCCACCUACUGCUGCAAGAAAGACUAAUAGACCCAGAGACCAAUCUCUCACCCCAAAGAAAUCUAAACAACCCAAAACCAAAAAGGUAGAAGAGCCAAAAAAGGAAUCUUUGAUUGUUGAAUCUACUGUACCAUUAGGACCUGACCCAAAAGAUUUACCGAAAGAUGUUUCGAAGGUUUUAUCAUCAUCAGUGACUGUAUCAGGUAAUGAUGUUAUUAGUAAUACUGUUUUUAUGGAAGAUUUUGAGAAGUUUUCAGGUUCGGUGUUUACACUAUCUCCACACCCAAGCAGCUUGCCUUUGCCCAAGUUUUCCACGAGAACAAAGCUUAGUUGCACUACUGAAGCUGCCGGCAUCGACGCUGGAGCUACAGAUAAUCUCCGGCGACUUUUACGUCUCUAG